AUGGUACAUAUACCAAGUGCGUAUACUUACAAUUUCUGGGCAAAAUCACCCACAGAAGUUGUUGAACUGACUUGUUUAAUGCCAAACGGGGUCGUUAUACCCUUGGAGACCAAUCGUAAUAUUACCUUGGCUGAAAUCAAAGAGGAUCUCUGGGAUGAAGCCAGCAAAUAUCCUCUUCAUGGUACAUUAAAAGAUGCUCCGUCCUAUGUAUUUUCAUGUAUCAACUCUAAUGCAGAAGCAGAAGAAUUACGAGAUGAAACUAGACGUUUGUGUGAUAUAAAACCAUUUUGUUCUGUGCUUAAAGUUAUAGAACGUGAAGGUGUUAAAAGUGAUAGAAGUUUAGAUUCUCAAAUUGGCCUUCUCAUUGGGAAAGGAUUACAUGAGUUUACAGGGUUAAGGAAUUCUGAAGUAAAUGACUUCAGAUGGAAAAUGAGAGUUUUAGGAGAUGAAGUUGCAAUGGCAAGACAAAAGAAAUCUUGGAUGGAAAAAGUACGUUACCAGUUUCCAACACGAUUAGCACCAACUGCCACAAUACCAAAAAACAUUGAGUGCCGAUUAAAAGAUGGGAAUAUUGUCCUUGUCACUAAAUUUGAAACUACAGAGACGGCCUUUACGUUUCAAAUAUCACAUACUACGACUCCAUAUCAAUUAUUGGUGUCUAUUUUAAAUAAACGAGCGAACACUUUAAUGUCCAAAGGAUACCCGAAUGAUUUUACUCUGAAAGUUUGCGGUCAAGAAGAGUAUUUAAUAGGAGAUUAUCCUUUAAUACAGUUUAGUUAUAUUCAAGAUUGCCUAGCAAAAGAUAUUAUUCCUACAUUAGUUACUCUAAACAGAGAUAGUGUCUCUGUUGAUCAAGAAAAUACGGCGGAGAAUGUGGAGGCAGAUACUUUGCAACGUACAAGGCCUUCUUUUUCUACGCUAACCCUACGUAAAAAGGGUAAACAUAUAUCUGCUUGGAAGAUAGAGGAACCGUUUGUUUUUACUGUCAACGCGAUUUCACGAUUAAAUUGCGAUGCAGCCCAUCGCACCGUUGAGAUUGGUUUGCAAGCUGGUCUUUUUCAUGGUGGAAAAUCUCUAUGCGAAAGUCAAAAGACUAAAGAAACUGUCGUUAAUUCCGACGGCAGUUGUGAAUGGGAAGAAACGUUGAGGUUUGAUAUAAAAGUGCGGGAUAUACCACGAAUGGCUAGGCUGUGUUUUGUCCUAUAUGAAAUCAGUAAGACUGCAAAAGGACUGAAAAGUCGUAGAUUAGUUAAAGAUACCAAACAAGAGUUUUUUAUAAAUCCGUUAUGUUGGGCUAACACAACUAUAUAUGACUUUAAAUCUCAAUUGAAAACGGGAGCGAUGACACUCUAUACAUGGACAUAUGCCGAGGACAUGCAAAACGACGAUCUUCUACAUCCUCUCGGAACGGUAGUGUCAAAUCCUCAUAUAGAUAGAGCGGCUGCUUUAAUGUUGACAUUUCCAAACUAUGGGAAAGAGAAGUCGGUUCUUUAUCCAACUCCGGAGAAAAUGGUGGAAUACGCGAGAAAGUUACGAGAAUCAUCUACUGAACGUUCGAUUCAAGAAGAACCCGAUCAAGAGUCCGACGUCGGUAAGCUUCAGCAACUUGAACAACUUCGAUUAUUAGCAGACAGAGAUCCGUUACACGAACUUCACGAGCAAGAACGAAAGAUAAUGUGGGCGUUAAGGCAUCACUGUCUUCUUGAGAUUCCCACGCUAUUGGCCAAGUUGUUGCACUGUGUGGAAUGGAAUGAUCAUAGGGAAGUAGCUGAAGCUACGGCGCUGGUGCAACAGUGGCCCAAAUUACCCGUCGAAAAGGCACUUGAAUUAUUGGAUUAUGCUUACGCCGAUCAAAAUGUUCGGAGUUUUGCUGUGCGUUGUUUAAUGGAUGUCAGCGAUGAAGAUUUGAGCCUUUAUCUAUUGCAGUUGGCACAAGCGUUAAAACACGAAAAUUAUUUAUCCUGUGAUCUGACGGAAUUUCUACUAAGGCGUGCACUUAACAAUCGAAGAAUUGGUCACUUUUUGUUCUGGCAUCUUAGAUCAGAGAUGCAAGUGGGUGCUGUGUCGGUUCGUUUUGGUUUAAUAUUAGAAGCUUACUGUAGAGGAAGCCAACAGCACAUGAGAUCGUUGUUUAAACAAAUGGAAUGCUUGGGUAAAUUGAAAUGUGCUUCGGAACAAAUAAAACAACGAAAAGACCGGAAAGCAGCGUUACAAGGUUUUCAAGAAUUUAUUCAGGAACCCCAUUGUCAAGAAGCACUGUCGAACGUUUUAAAUCCUUUGGAUCCGAGUUUUCGAUGGAAACGCAUUAAAAUCGAAAAAUGUAGAGUAAUGGACAGUAAAAUGCGACCACUUUGGCUAGUUUUCGAAAAUGCCGAUCCAUUAGGCGAUGAUAUUUACUUGAUACUCAAACAUGGAGAUGACUUGAGACAAGAUAUGCUUACGUUGCAAAUGUUACGAAUUAUGGAUAAAUUGUGGAAAAGAGAGGGUUUGGAUUUACGCAUGAAUCCCUAUGGUUGCAUAUCAACGGAGAAUAGAGUCGGCAUGAUCGAAGUAGUUUUAAAUGCAGAAACAAUUGCAAAUAUUCAGAAGGAGAAGGGUACUUUCUCAGCUACCGCUGCCUUUAGGCGAGGAUCUUUGCUCGCUUGGCUAAAAGAUCAUAAUCAUACCGAGGCAGCGUUGAAUAGAGCUAUCGAGGAAUUCACAUUAAGUUGCGCAGGUUAUUGUGUCGCUACAUAUGUUCUUGGAAUUGCGGAUAGACAUUCGGAUAAUAUAAUGGUGAAAAAGACGGGUCAAUUAUUUCACGUUGACUUUGGUCACAUACUUGGACACUUUAAAGAAAAAUUUGGAUUUAGACGGGAACGUGUACCCUUUGUAUUAACUAAUGAUUUCGUGCAUGUAAUAAACAAAGGUCAGACGAAAAAAGGUCAAGCAGUUGAAUUUCAGCGUUUUCAAAGUCAUUGCGAACAAGCUUUUCUCGUCCUACGGCAACACGGAGGUCUAAUAUUAUCGUUGUUUGCUAUGAUGAUAUCAACAGGAUUACCUGAAUUAUCGUCGGAAAAAGAUCUUAACUAUUUAAGAGACACUUUGGUACUUGAGAUGUCUGAAAGUGAGGCACAAAAGCACUUUAGAAGCAAAUUUGACGAAGCUCUUUGCAAUUCGUGGAAAACUUCGUUAAAUUGGGCCUCUCAUAACAUGUCGAAAAACAAUAAAACAACGUGAAUGGAAACGAUUCAACCAAAUGAAGUGGAACGAGACGAAUGAAUUCGAUGGGCACAUUUAUCGACAUACGAGUGUCAUCGGAUCGUAUUUAUGUCGGAAUAUACAUAACUGGAGCCCGAUAAUGGACAUUUUCGUCGAAGAGAAUACAUUCGGCGCAAAGAAAAGAUGUAAAACAUAGAGUGAUUUGUCGCUGUUGAUCAUCAACAGCUGUUUUCGUCAUUGUCGUGACAGUAACGCGUGCAACGCAUACGUAUGCAUCCUUGUCCACCCGCCCUUCUCAUUGUUAUUUCUUUUUUUCCUUUUUUUUUCCUUCCUUCCUUCCUUCCUUCCU